AUGAAGCCAAAUUCAAAUAUAAUUGACAUCCUGCAAGCUCUGCAGGUAAGAAAGCUCAUCUUUACUGACCUCUUUGUACCGGAAAUUAUGUUACCAGGUGACCUGGAAUUCAUUUCCCAUACACGUCUUGUUUCAGAACUUGAAUUUGUUAAUUGCAUUUUUCUUAGACCUGUACACUGGCAAUAUACAAGGUCUUUGAAUCUAAAAGUUACCUCUCUGCGUUUCCACAAAGUGAUUGCUGCCCCUCUGGAUGAAAGAUUUGAUAUAUUCAAUCUGAAGAGGUGGCUGGAGACCCUGGAAAAUCUGACGUUGACAGAGUCACAAGUUGCAUCUAUUCCUUGUAAGAUUGGCAGAAUAUUCAGAGCAUUACAUUUUUUGGAUAUUUCAGGAAAUAAUUUUCAGGAUCAAAGCAUAAACUCAACAUUCUGCAAAGGUGUUUUCCCACAGCUCCAAGUAUUAAAACUAAAUCACAAUAAUUUGACUUCUUAUGAAACUUUGUGCAAGACUCUUAGUAAUUUUGAUACGCUUACUCACUUAGUAAGUUUGAGUCAGAAUGACUUCCUGCCUGGAGUCCUCCCUUUCCACUGUAUGUGGCCACAAUCACUUCAGAUUUUUAAUUUGUCUAACACAGGAUUAGAACGUAUGGAUAGAUUACUGUCUCCCAACAGUAAAGUAUUAGAUCUGAGUGCCAAUAACAUCUUUACUCUAGAUUUCUCACAUUCUGCUUUGAAAGAGCUCUACUUGUAUAAUAGGCUACAGACAUUCCCAUCAGUCCAUCAGCUUCCUAAUCUGGAGAUCCUGAAUUUAGAUGGAAACUGCAUGUCAAGGUUACGGAGCAAGGAUUUAUUGUAUCUGAAACAUUUACAGAGCUUAAAGGCUGGCCACAACCUGUAUAACUGUUCUUGUACUUACUAUAUCAGGGAAAUCCAAGACUUAGCAGCCAAAGAAACAUUGCUGCUUGAUUGGCCUCAAAAUUAUGUAUGUGAGUCCCCUCCUAUUUAUCAGGGCUAUCUGAUAAAAGAUGUACCUCUAUCACUACUACAUUGCAACAAGACUCUGAUCAGUCAAGGCUCAGUAGUCAAACUAUUAAUGUGUCUUUCUCUUGUUCUUCAUUUGCUUCUAGCAUAGCUAUGAGAAUACUAAUUGCAGUGCUUGUACUCAGAACACAGUUUAAUAUCAUGUAAAUGAAAGAGCUAGAUUUGUUCAGUAUUUUUCAGAAAUUAUAAUGAUAGAGAUAGAGAUAGAGGUAAACAGCAUGAGUUUUUUUGAAAAUAUUACAUGUUGACAUUUGUUUGUCAUCAAGACUCACCAGCUGGUAGAACAAUCACUACUAGUCAUUCUCCUCACAGUCAUGAGGGAUGUUUGAAUGGAUGGUAGGAACUCACAACUCUUUUGUCAAAGAAUGAAAGAGUACUUUACACUUCAGCAUGGUGAAUUAACUUCCAAGGGGUUAAAGUGAAAAAUAAAAGUUUGUGCAUGGGAAGAAACACACAAAGAAUAAAGUGGGAUGGAAUUCUCACCCUGAACCUCCCCAUGCCUCUGGUGAUCUGCUGCCUGUCAGUCCAGUAAUUUUUAACACAGGAAAAUAUUCAAAGGAUUGGGGUGCAUAUUUUCAAUAACUUUUUUACUUUUUCAUGUUAAUUGCAAUUUUGAAAAACCCAUUUUGCAAAAAGAAUAGAAGCAUAUUCUAUGAAGAAAUUUAGGAAAGUUGGAGUAUAUAAGCUGAAAAGAUGCAACUUAUUUCACAUGUACAAUAUUAUUUUAUAAUUGACAUAUAAGCAGUUGGUAAUGUGGAAGUAACUCGAUUAAUACAUUUAAAAAAUCAAAUAAGAAGGCCCCAUAUUCCAAUUAAUACCCUGAAGUUACAUUUUAUUAUAAGAAAAAUGCAAAACAAAACAAAAGUUAGAAAACUAAGAAAGAUAGGGAAGGAUGCAAAGAGAAAGAAAGAAAAAAAGAUAGUGAUUUCCAAUUUUUUUCAGAACAAUAAAGUACAAAAAAAGACAUUGCAACCUCAACCUUUACAUUUCACAACAUUUCAGGCCAUUUCUAUGGCAACAAAAUCAUUCUAAUCAUCAAAACCUAAAAUCAAAGUUUCAU